UUCGUCGAUCAUGCAGGUGGCUCCGCGCAGUCAUAGAAGCAGUGAGAAAAUCUCAACCGUAAAAACUUCAAUGGUUUACCAAUUCUUGACUUUUGAGCUGAUAUCUGAUUAUAGAUAUUCUUUUGGGAUAAUAUCUUUCACAGUAUUUUAAAUGCUACAGAUAUUUCUAUGAGUAAUAUUAUUGUUAAUGUGAACAUACGGGAAUGGAAUUUGAAGUUUUACAAAUGUAAACAUGGCGACUGCUCAUGCUAAUUGGUGUUUAUAUUUUAUGUUUGUGAAGAUUAUAGGCGUGGAUUAGACUUUAUACAAAAUGCUAGUAUUAGUCUCAGCCAGGGUGCUGGGCAAGCAAUGAACCUGUUUCGAGCCCUGAUUCCUUGUGCGUUGCAACGAAGUUGCUGGACAGAAGAUGAAUGUAUGACUGGAAGAAUGGGAGCUUCUGCCUCCAAUCCAACUGGAGAGCCCCAUAGCAGAGUUGGUUCUGUGACUCAAGGAGCACGUUUGUCUGCUGCUUGUCACACUGGUAUUGCUCCAUCUGGCACAAGUGAUCAACUUUCUGUGGUUGUGCGAGAGAGGAAAAAGAAGGUGACUGGAUUUGCAACACUGCGUAAGAAGUUUAUCCGUCGCCGCCGAUCAUCUAAAAUUUGUGAUCAUGGGCGAGUGCUGCGUGAAUUGGUGGCUGAGUGGGGUCCCUUGGAGGUGGGGGCACUGUUGGAGGAGUAUGAGGCUCUUGCUGCCUUAAAAGACUUGUCAGUGCAAGCUGAACUUGCCAGGCCUCCAGCUGCCACUUACAAACAAGACCUGUCUGCUCUCUAUGACUUCAAAUAUUGCACAGAUGCAGACCUGAUGUUCCGUGGGGUGUGCUUCCCUGUACACCGUGCAUUGCUCUCAGCACGAUGCCCCUAUUUCAGAGACCUGCUGGCAGGGUGUCCAGGCUUUGGGGCUCGAAUCUGCUUGGAACUUCAUACUCCAGGCGUGGAUAUUCCGAUGUUUUCAGCUCUUCUCCGGUACCUGUACACUGGUGACAUAUGUACUCAUGAUGGAACCUUAGAUGUGAAUCUGCUUCGUCGUCUGGGAGAUGAGUUUGGCACCCCCAAUCCCCUAGAGCAUGAUCUUUGUUACCUGCUGGAGACGGGUGAUUACGCUGAUGCCGCCCUGGUGUUCACAUCAGAUGGAGGUGUUAUAAGUGGUAACAGUGGGAGUGGUGACUGUCAGCGACCUGACUCUGGCAGCUCAGAGUAUGGGUUCCGCCCCAAGUUGGAAUUGCCAUGCCACAAAGCUAUACUCAGUGCGAGGUCACCCUUCUUCCGUAACUUGAUCCAGCGACGUACAAGAUCAGGUGAGGAACACACUGAGCGGGCGCUUCACAUUCCGACUCGCAUAGUGCUAGACGAGUGUGUAAUCCCUAAACGAUAUGCCAAAGUGCUCCUCCAUGCUGUGUACUUGGAUACAGUGGAUCUGACGUUGAUCCUUCGUGGGAGUGGCUGUGGAAGUGGUGCUGGUAGCCUUGGUGAGGUGCAGGCAUUGACACACACCGGACGCACACGACCAAGCCCUCUGGAGGAAGCCAUGGAGCUGUACCAGAUAGGCAGGUUCCUGGAGCUUGACAUCUUGGCUCAGGGCUGUGAAGAUCUCAUUCUAGAAUGGCUUUCACUUGAAUCUUUACCCAGUGUGCUGCGCUGGGGUAGUCAGCCCCAUGGUUCGGCUUGGGUUCAUCGUCAGGCUCUUCAUUUCCUGCGUGAGGAGUUUCAAGCAGUGGUACAGUCUCCGGUCCUGCAUCAACUUGACAAGGCUCACCUCAUUGAUGCUCUGUCCAGCCACUUUCUCCAGGCUAGUGAAUUGGAGGUGUUACAGGCUGUUCUGAAAUGGGGGGAACACGAGCUGAUCCGACGGAUGGAAGACCGAGAACCAAAUUUGCUGAGUCACACAGCUCACUCUGUGACACGGAAAGGUAUCAAGAAGCGAGAUCUGAGUGACGUGGAGCUGCGAGAGAUUCUUUCAGAGUUGCUGCCCCUUGUGAGAAUGGAUCAUGUCCUGCCAACAAACAACGAUGUACUGAACCAGGCUAUUCGACGGGGACUGGUGAGCACCCCACCCAGUCACAUGAUAGGGGAUGACCGAGAAAACCUACGCGCCAAUGCUUGGAUACGUGGUGGCAAGAACAAUGGAUUGUUUGUGCGGCCAAGACUAUUCAUGCCAUACUAUGAAGAGAUCAAGGCGCAACUGGAUGAUCAUCUGGUGCAAGAAGUGCAGCUCCUCAGGCUGCGCAGGACCCCAUACAGUCCUGACAUCCCUGAUACAUUGUACAUGGUGGAGGACAAACCUCGUCCUCACGGCACAGCAGGGCUUGAUGUUCUGGCAGCAGCUCUACCAGUUCCAGAUUCAGCCACAAUGUCAGCAAUGUUAAAGCGAGAGCAGAAGCUUCGACAAUCACCAAGUUGUCAAAGGGCUAUAAUGCUACCUCUGUCAUCACGACAUGAGAUCAACCGUCAGAUCAGGCUCCGGGUUGUUAGAGAAUUUAACCUGCCAGAUGCUGUUGCAGAUCUCCUGGAGAGUGCUGCAUGCUACUGCACCCAAGAAGACGAGGACACGGAAAUGGGUAUGGAUGAGGAUCCAGCUUCUCAUCAUCCAUCAAGUAAACCCCCGGGGCCACCCAGUUAUGCUGGAGGUCUUCCACCAUGUUUUGGACGAAACAUGACAUUCCCACGUGGGCCUUCGUCAGCAUAUGCAGUGCGGCAAGAGCUUCCGGCCGUCGUGACAGAGGGUGAUGCUUAUCGUGGCCAUGGAGAGCCUGAAAGCAGCUCCUGUAGCGAUGGCCACUUGUCUGACAUCAUGCCAGAUGUCGCUAUGGCAACAGCCUCAUUUGGCCAGCUGCAGCUUCAGGAACAGCAAGAGCUGGAGUUGGACCUUGGGGAUGGAACAAGUCACCUUCACAACCCAUUGUCUUCUCCACCACCCCCACAUCCUGUCCACCCUCUAAUGCCACAUCCUCAUGGAAGCUACCAUCGAUAUCUUGGUGGUCCUGGUCCGCCACCUCCGUACUCACAUCAUCGUCCUCUUCCUGGACGCAUGUGUCUGGGCCCGUACCACACCGGUCCACCUAGGUUCAUAUAGUGCAGUGAAGCGCUGUUAGCGCUGCCCGGGUUUCUAUAUCAAGUAACAGAUUUUGCAACAUGCUGCCACAGGCGGUUGCUUGCUUCACUGGAGAGUUGGGAUGCUUUCAGAUGAGUGCCAAGAAAUGAUCAGCAGUUGCAUCUUAUGUACAAAAACUUCAUCUUACUCUUCAGAAUGUUGUCACUGAUGCAUAUUCUGCACAAACUGAUUCAGUCAUCAUCGACUGAUGUGCUAUUUAUGCUGUUGAGUGUGGUGUGAUGUAUUCAUUCUGGUAAUUUAUACUGGUUCCAGCCUUCGUCGUUUGAAGACGCUUCUAUGGGCAUGCAAGGCAUCUUGAAUAAUUGAUGCAUAACCUUAUGUUCAUGAGUGUUGAAAGUCUGUAACCACAUAAUUUGUAAUAAUGGAUUGCUAUCCUUGUAGUGGAUUAUGUUAACUGAAUGGUUUGUUCCAUAACUUGAAAGAUCAGUUUAAACCACCAAGUGGAGUUCAGUAUAAUGCAGAAUGCUGUUAUUUAGAAGUAUACUAUUGCGAACAUUGUAGAUAGAUAAAGACGAAAAUGUCUAAUUGUGCGGAUUUUUCACAUCGAACUGCAGUUCAUAUUUAUCUCUCCUUUUUUAAUAAUGUUACUGUGGCAAGUGUAAAAGUGGGGUAUGUAAGUUAAGGUUACAAUUUAUGGCAAUAUUGUGGUGGUAGAAUGUACAUGGGAUGCUGUCUUGUGUGUGACAGAAGUUAAGAUCUGUUGUUUUUUUGUUUUUCUUUUUAUGUUCUUUUGUAAAGCCAAGUGACAGUAUAUUUAUGAAUGUACAAUAAUAGGAGGAGAAGAAUCUGAAAAAUGAAGAAAGUCUGUAUUUUUCAGCAUCAGUAUACAUCUAGAUCAGGGGUGGCCGGCCCGCGGGCCGCAUGUGGCCCGCCUUGAACAUUUAACUUUGAUUUUAAAAUAAUAUUCUUGCGAA